CCUGAAGAUGCCAUGAGUGUAGAUGUAGAGAGAUGGUAGUUAUAGUUGCAGAGCCUCCUUGUGGUGGCUAAUAACGACGACGCUGUCAACGCAGGGUUCCGCACCAGCAUCAACCUUAACCUUGAAACGUUUUUCCAGUAAAAGUGGGAGUGGUGGCGUGAAGGAGGAACAAAUUCUAGAUAGCAAUGGAAGAUUUGCAGAGUGCCUUGGAGGAUCGUAAUUUAACAGUUUCCACCGUCCCACAAAAGGGUCGUUCUCUCUUUGCUACGAGGGAUUUCUACCCAGGUGAGGUGAUUAUAAGUCAAGAGCCUUAUGUUUGUGUGCCAAAUAAUUCCUCAGCUCAGAAAAGGUGUGAUGGAUGUUUCACAACAUCUAACCUUAGGAAGUGCUCACGUUGUCAAGUUGUAUGGUAUUGUGGAACCCCAUGUCAGAAGUCAGAGUGGAAGUUGCAUAGUCUUGAAUGUGACGCCCUCUCAAGGGUAGACAAGGACAAGAGAAAAUCUGUGACACCAUCCAUACGGCUGAUGGUGAAACUUUAUCUUCGAAGGAAGUUGCAAAAUGAGAAGAUCAUCCCAAGCACUGCUAUGGACAACUACAAUUUGGUGGAGGCAUUAGUGUCUCACAUGUCUGAAAUUGGUGAGGAGCUGCUGGUUCUGUACGCACAGAUGGCUAAUCUUGUAAACUUCAUACUACAGUGGCCUGAAAUCAAUAUAAAAGAGAUUGCAGAAAUUUUUUCCAAGUUUGCAUGUAAUGCACAUACCAUUUGUGACAGUGAGUUGAGACCUUUGGGAACUGGAUUGUAUCCUGUUAUUUCCAUUAUCAAUCACAGCUGCUUGCCCAAUUCCGUGUUGGUUUUUGAGGGAAGGUCAGCAUCGGUACGUGCCGUGCAGCAUGUACCCAAAGGUACUGAGGUACUGAUAAGUUACAUUGAGACCGCUGGAAGCACUAUAGCUCGACAGAAGGCUCUCAAAGAGCAGUACCUAUUCACUUGUACAUGUCUCCGAUGUUCUAAAGUGGGUCAGUAUGAUGAUAUCCGAGAAAAUGCAAUCCUAGAAGGAUACAGAUGCAAAAAUGAAAAAUGUGAUGGUUUCUUGCUUCGGACAACUGAUGGAGAAGGAUUCCAAUGCCAAGAAUGUGGACUAGUUAGGGACAAGGAAGAGAUAAAGAAAAUUGCAACUGAAAUAAAAUCGCUAUCAGAAGAAGUUUCUAGGCCUUCUUCCACUGGAAAUUAUCAAGAAGCUAUUUCCAUAUAUAAAAUGAUUGAGAAACUGCAAACAAAACUCUAUCAUCCUUUCUCAAUCAACUUGAUGCAAACUCGAGAGAAGAUUUUGAAGUCAUUAAUGGAGCUGGAACAUUGGAGUGAUGCUUUAGCAUACUGCAAAUUGACCAUACCAAUCUAUCAAAGAGUGUAUCCAACUGUUCACCCUCUGCUUGGUUUACAAUAUUAUACUUGUGGAAAACUCGGAUGGUAUCUGAGAGAGACAGAGGAAGCUGUUAAAUCACUAACUAAGGCGGUGGAUAUACUACGGAUUACUCAUGGCACAAAUACACCAUUCAUGAAGGAACUCUUGAUGAAGUUGGAAGAAGCACGUGCUGAAGCAUCAUCUUACAAAUUAUCCUCAAAAGAGUAGUUAGUAAAAUGACAAAUUGAUUACUAUUAUUGCUGCUGGUACAAACAAGUCAUUAGAGUUGGGUCACAUCACACAAAGGAUUAUCAGGUGUUAUUUUAAUGUUUGCACUUGUUCACUCAGUAUCAGCAUCAUCUCUAUUCCUAAUUAAGUUGGGAAUUGGGAUCGUUUGUAUCCCAAAUUAUCCUUUGUCAGUCAGUCCGAAGGUUAUAUAAUCAUUUGAUACUGAUUUUUUUUUUUUAGCAUUUUUUAUUUUCCUUUAGCAGAAAAAAAGAAAAAUGCCUGUUUUCUGUAAGGAACUAUAGGAAUGGGGAAAAUUGUUCA